AUAAUAUUCUGUUAUGCCACGAGUUAGCAAGGGGAUAUGGAAGGAAAGGAGCCUCCCCUAGAUGUCUAAUGAAACUGGAUCUCAGGAAGGCAUAUGACUCCAUCAGCUGGAGAGCUAUAAAAAAAAUAAUGGAGUACAUGAAGUUUCCUAAAAAAUUUAUUGAAUGGAUAUACUUCUGUAUUUCCAAUACUUCCUAUUCUAUUAUGCUAAAUGGGGAAAAUGAGCAAAUUUAAAUACCACCCAAGAUGUAGGAAUCUGAGAUUAAUAAACUUGGCUUUUGCUGAUGAUUUGAUAGUAGCUUGUAAAGCUGAUAAGGAUUCAAUCAAAGUAAUCCUGGAGUGUCUUCAACAUUUUAAGGCUGUAACUGGAUUUGAGGUUAACNUGCAUGGGCAACAAAGAAUCUUUCCUAUGCAGGUAGAUGUAAGCUGAUCAACAAUGUUCUGUUCGGGGUGAUCUCCUUCUGGUGUAGACUUUUCAUAAUCCCUAAUAGUGUGAUGCAGAAGAUACAAGCCAUCUGCAGGAACUUCCUUUGGGGGGCUAAAGCACAUUACUCUAAAACGCCUCUUGUCAAUUGGGAGGAUGUUUGCAAGCCUAAACAGGCAGGUGGUCUGGGGUUCAAAAAUCUAAGUUACUGGAAUAUGGCUUGCAUCCAAAGGUUGAUUUGGGACAUUGCAAGCAAAAAGGACAUCCUUUGGGUUAAGUGGAUUCAUAAUAAGUAUCUAAAAAGGGACAACAUAUGGAACAUCUCUGUCAAAUCAGAUUUUUGCUACUAUUUGAAAAAAAUUCUGCAUAACAGGAAGGAAUUUGAGGGCAUGGACAUUAAAGGUAAAUAUGAAGUGCAGAAAGGCUAUGAGUGGCUGUUGGGCGACCAUGAAAAUGUACAAUGGACCUCGAUUGUUUGGAAUAAGCUCACUAUUCCUAAACAUCAAUUCCUACAAUGGCUGGGUUGGAAAGACAGGAUACUCACUAAAACCAGGUUGGCCAGAUACAUGAACAUUACUACUGAUUGUGUUCUAUGUUCUGAUCAUGUAGAGGAUAGGGUGCACUUAUUCUACAAAUGCCAGUACGGUAGAGAAUUGCAUAGUGAAGUUAGAAGGUGGCUUCAAAUUAGCUGGUCUGCCAGCAAUGAUAUGGAGCUACAGAAGGCUAUUCAAUGCAUCAGUGGAAGGAAAAACAGACAAUUGGCCAUUGCAGGAUUUGCUGGAGUCUGUUAUGCUGUUUGGAGGGCAAGGAACUGGAAGGUUAUGAAACAAGAGGAGGUGACAGUAUCUGAUUCAUACCAUUGGCUCAAGAGCCUAAUGAAGAUAUAUACUAAUCAUAAGCUAAAAGUAGUACAUCUCAUUUAGUUUCUCAUUUAGUUGUCUGUUGUUAUUCCAUACUUGAGUGGACUGGCAUGUAAUUUGGAACUGGUUGUGGUGUUUAAUAG